CAGAGUAAAUAUAAGAGCCGACGUAAAGAGAAUGUAAGUUUUGAUUUUUUCCCUUGCGAAGACAUUAUAGUUUAGUUUUAUUACGUUUAUAAUUUCUUAAAACAAUGGGUAGGAGAAAUAGAUGCAAACCUCGUAUGAUACCCCAACAAGACAAGCGCAUAUGCGGCUGUAUUUGUUUUUGCCAGCUAGUAGUGGUUCUCAGUUGUGUCUCAUUAAUUUACCUCACUGUAGCUAUUUAUAUUCCGUCAUACAGAGCAUUCAACAGUGGAUUUGAAGAAGUACCCGUCAUGUGCCAAACGAUAAAUACCAGCAUGAAUAACAACUGCAGUUGGGCAUCUUGCGGCGAGUGGUGCUUAACUAGAACGUCGGGUUUCUGCCCACAAAUUCACUCCACGACCAGACAGAACGGAAGUAGCGUGACUUUCUUGAACUGCACCACAUUCGCUACUUCAACUUGUCCGCCCAUCAGCAAAAACGCCCUGAAGAAAUACAACUGCAACAACGGGUCAGAAUGCGCCGUGCUAAAAGGCAUUUUCAACUGCUCCCUUGGCCACUGUUCCAAUCUUUCUCAAAUCUACGAUUUCAAAAACUGUCACUACAAAGCAGACGGUUUUACCGUCGACAGUGACAAAGACAAUGCCAAACUGAGCGGAUAUUUCGAGUGCAAGGGUUCAAAAUGCACCAAAAUCAAAAAGCCUUUUACUUGUGAUCGUAUUUGUAAGCAAAAUAUUACGACUGACAGAAGGAAUCUUUUUAUAUCCGUCGAGGACAGUUUUCAUCAAGCAUUUUGCGGUCUUGGAGUCACUGACAUGAAAGCAAAUGGAAAUAAAGACGGGUUUAAAAUUGAACCCACUCAAUUUUGGGUCAAACAGCCAGGAGAAGUCAUGUUAGUUUCCUGCCAUGUUGUUCAGUUCAGCGAGAAAAAUUCAAGUAUAUUUGCGACUGAUUGUAUCAACGGGACGAUAUACAACGAAGAUAUUAUCCCUAAGCCUUACGCAACUUUUAGAGAAUUCUGGAAUUUGACAGGGAAGCACAGUCAUGUGGUGGAUCCAAAAAACGAAUUUUUACCUUCUCAAUCUUCUUUAACCAUAUACAAUCAUUCUAGGUUGUAUAUAAACUUAGAUGGCUGUGUGAACACUUUAAAAGGUGAAUGUUAUAACUUCCUCCUCACUCAUGGAAGAGACGGAAAAAAUCAGACAGCAGCCAGUCGUUUCCCAUGCUUUUACAACAAGAAUAACUCCUUUAUGGUUAUAACAAGGUACGAUCUGAAAAGGACUUGGAGAGAACUUAUAAUCGCCGUAAGCAUUCCAUCCAUUUUGUUUGUAGUCUCUUUUAUAACUCUUUGCGGUAUAAUGCAAUCAGUAAGAGUUGACGACGAUACUAAGAUGAGAUGCAAAUACUGUUUUGGAAGUUCCUUUAACAGUAAAGCUGAUUUAACAGAAAUGAUCAGCAGAUACGAGGUUUUCUCUCCUGAAUCUGAUGAGCCGAAUUUUCGCUCUUCUAGUCCAGAAAUUAGCUAACAAGAUUACUAGCUAAGGGUUUUAGUUAGCUUAAAAUGAGUUAACUAACAAAAAACCGUGUGACGAAAAUAAGCGACGUUAAAUUGGUUCAAACAGGGGUCUAGAAGUAAAUCAUUUCAACGGGCUCUGUGACGUUGUUUUUUUUCGAUCUUAUGGAUAUGAAUUAUUGAUAUAUUGCUGCUUCUGUUAUAAAUUAUAAAAUUGAAUGAAGGCAAGCUAGAUUGAUUAAUUAAAAAAAUGUCAAAACUGGAAUACAAA